GCUUCGCCCAGCUGUCUUUCGCGGGGCUUUUCUGCUGGCAGAAAGCUGCGUGCGUCGUGUUGUCAUAGUUAUGUGUACGCAUUUGUUGUUGCAAAAGCUCCAGCAGCAGCUCCGUCGGAGCAAUUGAUUCGCUGCGGAUUCCCUAAUAAAAACAAAUUGCCAGCCGCAACUGACAGAGCGUAGAAGCAGCCACCACAAGCGAGCAACCUUGGAUGCAGUGCAUCCGCCGCCCGUCGCCCGGAACGUAGUGAAAUCACAGUGAAAGCGCAGAAAACACAAGAAGCAACUGAAGCAGCAGCAGCAGUAGCAGCAAUGUCGACGGAGAGCAACACACCCGUGGAUCCAAGGGUCCAGAUUGAGCUGGAGAAGCUGAAUUCGGCCACGGACAACAUCAAUCGCUACGAGGUGGAGCUCGACGAGGCCAAGUGCGAGUUCAAACGCCUGCUGGCGGAGAGCGUGGUGCGGAUCAAGACCGCCGCCCACAAGCUGGGAAACUCGAUAGAUGCCGCCAAGCCCUACUACGAAUCCCGCAUCUAUGCCGCCCAGCUGGCCAAGGAGACACAGCAGGCGGCCGCCAACCAUGAGAAGGCCAAGUCCAUCCAUGCCGCCGCCAAGGAAAUGGUCUAUCUGGCCGAGCAGGGUCUCGGCGAGAAAUCCACACUGGACACCGCCUGCCAGGAGAUGCUCAGCCAUGCCGCCAGCAAGGUGAACCAAUCCCAGCUGGAGGUCACCGAUACCCGCAAUGCCCUCAAAAUGUGUCAACUUAAGCUCGAGGUGGCCAAUAAUCGGGUUGGCAAGCUGCAGGGACAGCUCAAGCAGGCUUUACGGGCAUCCAGAUUGCAGCUCAAGCGCAAUUUACUUUUGUUGAGAUAUUUUAGCAUUAUGCACGCCUUGUAUUGUACCCUCUGUUCGCCGUACUACGAGACGCGAGCAAACUACAAUGGACUGCUGAAGGCCCAGAAGACUCGGGUGAACGAGCUGGAGGCGAAGGUCAGUGCGGCGAAGCUCACCUACAACGAGGCACUGAAGAAUUUAGAGCAAAUCUCCGAGGAUAUCCACCGGCAGCGCCAGCAGCGCAACAAUCUCCUGAAUUACGAGGCCAUGCUGCGUCAGGUGGAUGCUGUGGAUGCUCUGACAGCGGGCGAGGUGGCGCCAAAGCAGCAGCAACCAGAGGAGGAGCCAGAGGAAUUAGGCCCCGAGGAGCAGUACCUGCAGAUGCCCGAGCGGCUGGGCCAUGAGUGCCCCCACCUGCUCACCGAUUUCGAGGCCGUGCUCACCUUCCCGCAGAAGCUAGCCGGCGGCAUGCACAAGUCGGCUAGCACCAGUGCCGCGGAUGGGGAGUCCGGGUUGGGGCCACUGGGCCUGCAUGCCCCCUAUGAUCUGAAGUCGGGCAGCGGCGGCUCCUUGGGAUCUGGCUCUGCUUCCGCAUCUGCCUCCGCAUCCGCCUCCGUAUCGGCCUCCUCAGCCUUUGCCUCGGCCGCUGGAGCACCGGCGGACAAUGACAUCGAGCAGUGGACGGAGAUCCGGCUUUCGCACUCGGACAGCACCAGCUCCAGCUACUCAAACCAGUCGCUGCUGGAGCAGCAUGGCCUGGAGAGUGCGGGCAGCACUGGCGGCGGCCUGGGCCUGGGCCUGGGACGGAACCAGCUGGACGCCGAUGCCCAGUCGCAGCACUCGACCUCGUCAUCGGACGAGCCGAAGCGCAAAGUUACCUGCACGACGAUAUUCCAGGACGAUAGUAGCGCCUCAAGCGGUACUGGAAGCGGUGGCCAGCAGAUGAGUCGCAAGCAGAGCCUCAGCCAGUGGCUGUCCCGCUCGAACAGCUUCAAGGGCAGUGGCCGAAGGCAGAGUUUGGACCUCCUGAUCGAUGCCGGGGACAAGGUGAAGGAUGUGUUCAGCUACGGCUUCCAGAAGGUCGGACGCAGCCUGGAGCGACGCAACAGUGAAUCGGAGAUGGCCGGCGAUAAUGCCAGCGGUGCCGAGGAGGAGGCCCUGCUCACCGCGCACACUGAGGUGACAUCGGCCUCCAGUGCCUCCGCCUCAUCAUCCUCCGGGCCAAGUGAUUUUUUCCUCUUCAGCAGAUCUUCAGAGCCUAAAGAGCUGCUGUCCGAUGAGCAGGUUGAGAAUUUACUCUUAAAUCACACGGUGGACGAGCACGGUGCCAUUAUUGUGGAAGAACUCAAGUCGCCAACAACAAAUACAACAACAACAUCAACAAGCAUGUAUCACACACACCAACAACAACAACAACAAAAGCAACAGCAGCAGCAACAACAGAAGCAACAACAACACAGCAACCAUCAGGCGCUUAACGUUGUGGGAGCCCUGCUGUUUUGAAACGAACGAAACUGAUCCUCUAAUCCUUUCUAGCCUAUCUACACUAGACAUACACACACCAACGCACUCAAAAAACCCACAUAAAUGUACAUAUACAUAUGUAGUGAUGGGGGAGUAGUGAUAAGUAGUUCACUUGUUCACUCACUUGGUUACCUUUACAGUUGUUUACUCACUUCUAAGUUGCUUUAGUUGCUGAAUGAACAUCUGAGUGAACAGUUGGAAAGUAAAUGAACUUGUUCACAAUUAUAUUCACUAUUAUAUUCAGUGAUCAAAUCUCGUAUCAAGAUAAAAACGGGAUUUCUCAAGGUCUAUAUAUAUUUUUAAUUAAUUUUAUUAAGUUUUGUGAAUUUUCCGCUUAUAAUAUUAUAAACAAUCUAGGGCUGGAAUAAUUUCCUAUAUCUUAAAACCAAAUUAACUUGUGUUUUCAAUGGAAAUGUGCUUAGAUCUCCAACUCCCAUCACUGCUUAUGUGUAUAAAACUAUGAGAAUUAUGGCAAAAUUUUACUCCAUGAGUAUUUUUGACAAAAACAAUUAACAAUUAGUCAACAAAAUGAGAUAAAAGUAGCGUACAUAUCAUUGGAGACAUCAAGCAGCAGAAAUAUUUUACACACACACACACCAAGCAAGGAAACUACCUACAUAUGUACUAAUCCUAUUCAACAAAAAAAAAAAAAAAAAAAAAAAAACAGCAAUAAUUUAGUUGAUUUAGUUACAUAGAGAAUAAGAGAGUUACAUUUUAUGCUGUUUACAAAAAGCAAAAAUAACUAAAAGCUAGUCAAGAAACGAAAUCAGUUUAAUAGUCUUAGUCCCUGCGUAUUUAGCUAAACAUUCAGCAAACAAAAACGUGGAUUUAGAAACCCGGAAAAUACAUAAGAUUGUACAAAUAAUGUUAAAUGGUGUUAAUGGUGUGCGCAGGAGGCGAUUUGGGGGAGGUGUGUGGCCUGUAAGAACUUUAAUAAUAAUCAACUACGAUAACUUUUACAAAGUAUAUAAGCAACCUUACCGACCCUCCUCCAGUCACCUUCUGGGUACACCCCUAAAUGUUAAAUACUUACGUACAUAUUGAUACCUGCAUAAAAAUUAUAUGAAGAGUA